AUGGCAGACUCUCGCAACUGGCACCGUGGCCGUGGCAGAGGUCGUGGCAACGGAAGAAGUCGUGGUGUAUCGGGUGCAGCAGGGUGGACUCGUGGAGUCUGCCACAGCUAUCAACGUGGGAUGUGCACCUUUGGAGACCAGUGCAGGUUCUCUCACGACCUGAGGCCAACCAACAACGGAGACCGUAUAGCAGCCAAACUUAGCAAAAGAGCCGAAGAAUCCCAGGAGCAACGAGAUGCGAGAAGCAGCUAUAAUGAGUGGAGACGGCUUCUUCGCAGACAGGCUGAUCUGCUGAGCGUACACGAUAUGCAAAAUUUCUGGACUGGAGCGCUGGACAUCCUGGACAGCAGCGAUCGGGACUGGAAACAAAAUCUGCCCAAAGACCUUGACGACAACGAAGAGUACAAUGGGCACACCCACAUCAGAGCUCUCAUGAGCAGACGCGCACAGCCAGGACGAUAUGAAGAGCUUAUCGAGACAUCGCGUGUGUUUCUGCUCGUCAUGACGCACACAGCCAUGCUCAACUGUUUAUCCGUCGACACAUACGUCGGAAGUCUAUACACUUUCAUGGCUGGGCCGAAUGGUAAUCGAGCGGUACCAUUCUUUCAGCACCUAUGCGAGACCCUGGUUGCUGCUCGCAUGGAAGAGCCCCGGAUCGUUGACUCAAAUGACAUCGACGCCUCCCUCCUGGCACUUACUACUGCACUCUCUGAACUGUUGCGACGAGAGUCUCGGGUCAGGUUCAACGACAACAUCGGCGACCUCAUCUUCUCGCUAGAGAACGCAGCACAGCCUAUGCCGGAAGACCAGUCAAAGUUCACGUCAAACAUGAUCAUCAGGCGUGUUGGAGAUUUACGUGCGUCAGUUGCUAGGGCAUCGGAUUUACUUACAACAGAAAGUGGUACCGAAGACGCUGGAUCCACUGCUUUUCAGUCAAGUUAUCCUCGAGACAUAAUCAAACCAGGCGACCGCCACGACAACGACAAGGCUGAUAUCAAUGACAUCAACAUAUUUCCUACACGAGCUGAAAUCUUGAGCGAAACGCGAGAAUUCCUACCAUCGACCGAUCCUGAUCAGCUCCAUUUUCUCACCAGCAAGCUUGAGAGACAUAUCGACACCCAGUUCCGCUUGCUUCGGCAUGACACUUUUGGUGAGCUGAAGGAUGCUCUAGGUAGCCUGAUGAAAAGCAUACUUGAGGAUCCAAGUCAGGCCAGAAAACCAAACCUUCGGAUCGAGCACACCCGCGUCUACAGCUAUCAUUCUGCCUCCGUGAGCCACCUGUUUCUCAAUGCACGGAAAGGCUUCCAAGUCCGCAUCUCGUUUCCGCAGGCUCAAAACGCUAGGAACACGUCACGAGAGGCAAGACAGAGGUGGUGGGAGGAUUCGAGGCGUCUCGAAGAGGGCGUCUUGUUGUGCUUGAUAUGGAUGCAAGACUCACUGAUUCAUAGUCUGUUCUUCACUGUGAUGGAACGCAACACAGCCAAAGAUGAUCCGAAUGGCUUAGUGCAGGACGACAAGAUGGCGACUAUCACAAUCAAGCUCACUAAACAAGACCAGACGUCCAUCGAGGCUCUGCUCGAAUUGAGCCGGCAAAGGAUCCGCGGCACCCUGCUUGAAUAUCCGAACAUCCUUCCAGCGACCUUCGUUCCAGUUCUGGAGAGUCUGCAGUCUAUGCAACGUCAGAGCCGACUACCUUUCCGCGAGUGGAUUCUACCGGACCGUAUUCCAGCAGCGGCUGACAUAAGCUCGAGCAUACCGCCGCCACUAUAUGCUCGACACACAGGCUUCUCGUUCUCUCUGGCGCCAAGCUUCAAAACCAACUCCCGCUCAGUAUCACUGUCACCAACAGCCUCUACUGAUGAUAUAUCGCUUAUCGACACCGUGGAAGUCGAAACUGGUUUGGACAGAGGACAAUGCAUCGCACUGAUUGCAGCAUUGUCUCGGCCCUCCGGGUACAGAUGCUACACCAAUCAUGCUUUGAACCAAUUCCUCGAGCACCUGCUCCAAGCCGGCAUCUCGAAGAUCAUCCGUGUUGGUGGACGAAGUAACUCGGAGCGACUGCAGAACCAUAACCUCCGCAACAUAAUGAAGACUGAGUCUAGGACCAAACACGAAGGAUGGCAGCUAGCCACUGCGUACCAGCAGCUCAGGGAAUACGAAUCAAGUUCAGAACGCACUCUGAGUCAAUUGCAUGGCAUUGGGAGUCGCCUGGAGUGGAAGUACUUCAAGCAUUACCUCGCCCGCCGACACAGCCGCAUCUACGUACAGUUCCGCUCAGUCGACGAUGACGGCUUCGAAAUGGUUGGACGGCACCCUUUCGACAUCUGGGCAGAUACUGGGUCAAGCAACGAUCACUCUUCAGCACCGGUAACAGUCCCGGAAGUCGAGCUCCUGAGCACCCUGCGGAAAGCGGAACGAAGCGUCCAGUCACUCUCGUCUGCGGAGAGAUGCUUACUUAUUAAUCAAUGGGUCCAAGAGCUUCGCCAGGACGCCGCCGAAAACUUCUUCGAGACCAUUAAAGAUGCCGAGGAUGCUCAUCGCAAGAUCGCGAGCGUGCACGAGGAAGUCAACCGGCGGUUACUACAGGGUGCAGAUGUCAUCGGCAUCACUACAUCCGGCCUCGCAAAGAACCUUUCGACCCUGCAGCACGUACGAUCAAAAGUUGUGCUUUGCGAAGAAGCUGGCGAGAUCAUGGAGCCCCAUAUAUUGUGUGCACUCCUUCCUAACGUUGAGCACUUCAUCCAGAUCGGCGACCAUCAACAGCUGAGGCCGUCGAUCAACAACUUCCGUGACUUAUCUCUUGAGAGCUCUCCGGGCCAACUCUAUCAGCUUGAUCGCAGCCAAUUCGAACGACUCUCUAUUGGUCAGCCUGGUCGGCCACCCUUGCCUGUGGCCCAAUUGAACGUUCAGAGACGCAUGCGUCCGGAGAUCUCUGAGCUGAUUCGAGAGUCAAUGUACAGCAAAUUGGUUGACCAUCACAGCACGACUCAAUUACCAGAUGUCAUCGGCAUGCGUCACAAUGUGUUCUGGCUUGACCACGAGAACCUCGAAGAGGGCAACCCAGGAGAGGUACAUCACAAGAAGUCGAAAAGUACCGACUGGGAGGUUGGGAUGGUGCACGCUCUGGUGCGCCAUGUAGUGCGCCAGGGUGUUUACGGGAGUAGGGAGAUAGCUGUAUUGACGCCAUACACCGGUCAAUUACAGAAGCUUCGGGCAGCGAUGCGGAACGAUUUCGAGAUUGUUGUCAGCGAUCGAGACCAAGACGCCUUGAUCAAAGACGGAUUUAGCACAGAAGAGCCUGCUCAGGACAACACGAUUCAAGAGGUGCAAGUGAAGAGAAAGCCGCUCGAGAAGAAGAAGCUGAGCGAUCUCUUGCGCGUUGCCACCGUCGACAACUUCCAAGGCGAAGAAGCCAAGAUCAUCAUCAUUUCGCUGGUCAGAAGCAAUAAAGACCGCAAAGUUGGUUUCUUGAGGACAGAGAAUCGGAUAAACGUGCUCCUCAGCCGUGCUCAGCAUGGUAUGUACAUUGUUGGCAACACUGACACAUACUCGAACAUUCCGAUGUGGCAGAAGAUCAUCAACUUGCUGCGCGCCAAAGACCAUGUCGGUCGGUCCUUGGAGCUACGGAGCCCUCGGCACGAGGAUACUCGAAUUCAUGUUCAGCAGCCGGACGACUUCGCGAAUUUCAGCCCGGAGGGUGGGUGUCGCGAGGCCUGUAUGGAUCGUCUUCCAGAUUGCGGACACGGAUGCCAAGCGAGAUGCCACUCCCGUGCUAUGCACGAGGUCUUCAAAUGCGAACAACCAUGUCAGCGGCAGCACCCAACUUGCGGCCAUGCCUGCCAAAAGCCUACCUGUGGAGAAGCUUGCGGAAGGUGUGAGAUUGUUCUGAACAGCGUCGCAUUGCCAUGCGGCCACUUCAAGGACAACGUCCACUGCUAUCGAACGCAGAAUCUUCAAGCCAUCCGGUGUGAGGCGAUCGUCAGCAAGACGGUGCCUAGCUGCGGUCAUACGGUCAACGUGCAGUGCUCCCAGGAGCUUGACGACAGAUAG